AUGUUGAACGAGUCAUUAGCCGACUUGGAUUACGGUCGGAACUUAAGUUUUAGUUUCAAUUUAUUCAACGAAACGCUGCACUUGGGUGCAGAACUAGAUAUUCUGUUCAAGCCGGAAAGUGUUCUAAUUGCUCUCUACGUGCCGAUCAUCUUGCUGUCCCUCGUAGCAAACACUCUACUCAUCGUCGUGGCAGUUAAAUGCAACUACACCAAAAAUGUAACCAACAUAUUCCUAGUGAAUCUGUCGGCGGCGGAUUUAUUGGUUACAGGCAUCUGUAUGCCAAUACAGCUAAGUAAAGCCAUCACAUUGGUUUGGUUCUAUGGCGAGACUGUGUGUAAAAUCGUCAACUAUAUACAAGGUGUUGCUGUGGCAGCCAGUGUUUUUACUUUGACAGCGAUGUCAGUCGAUCGCUGGCUGUCUAUAGCACCUGAGCCACGUCUGAGGCCUCCUGGGCGUAGGCAGGCCUUGAUGCUCUUAACCUUACUUUGGUUUGCGGCAAUGCUAAUGUUCAUACCACUGCUAAUAGUCGCCACAGUGAGGAAGGAGGCAGUCCCAAUUAUCGCCAAGACGUUUAAAAAUAUAUCGAUAGAAACGAAAGACGUUCAUUUUUGUACAGAAGAUUGGCCGGGACCUGAGGCUAGGAAGAAAUUUGGUACUUUCAGUUUCACACUUGUUUAUGCGAUACCGGGCUCAAUUACUAUCCUCUCAUACGCAUUCAUGGGCCGAACGCUAUGCUCUGUCAGGCCACCAUUUGACAUCGACGAGGGCAACGUCAGCAUGCAGCAGGGUUUGAGAUUAAUGAAGGAGAGGAAAAGAGUGGCGUGGAUUUUGCUGCUCCUUGCGGUACUCUUCGCCCUUUGUUGGCUUCCAUAUAACAUAAUGCAACUACUACUGGAUAUCAACGCUGUUAAUGCAAAAGACUUAAGCAUUUAUUUGCCAUAUGCGUUGUUUAUAGGUCAUGCCAACUCGGCAAUUAAUCCUAUCGUGUACUGCCUUAUGACAAGAAACUUUCAAAGGUCAGCAAGGAAACUUCUGUGUGGGCGAACUGUGUGUAAACAGAGAAAAUUCACGUGGCGUUGUAAUCAAAAACCCGAGGGAUCUUCAAGUGAUUAUGAACUUUAUCACGAACCCCACAAAAGGUGCUAUUUACAUAUGAAGAAUUUACGGCAAAACGGCCACAUGCACGGCGGCUUAGUGAUCCGUACGAUGGACACACGUGCGCAGACGACGCAGCUGAGUCACGUCACUCGCUCCUCAAGACGCACCGCCCCGGCACACGUGCUCUCCGUAGACAUGUUGCAGAGGCACGGCCACAUUGAUCUCAAACGCUGU